GUGAUACCCGUUCCCUUAGGAGAAAACUCCGAACUGUGCAAAAGUUGAACGGAUUCGUCAUUGAAUUAUUUUCAGGUACAAAUUCGCGUUAAAACCGUUUUGCCUGGAAGCAAAAACGCUAGCAGUUUGUGGCGGAAGUGCUGCGCAUUGCGCGUGUGAUAUUUGCAGUAACCGGAAGCGGUUAGAAGCACCCGAAAUCCGGGUUCGAAAUUAGUUAAAUUGACUUCAUUCGCCUUUUUUUUCUAGUGCGUGGAGUGUUGGAAGAAAGAAGAAGCACAAGUACAGGACAGCUGAGAAGAAGAAAAAGAACAAGCGAAGCGAAAAAAAGAUCUAUCAUUGUGUGCAGUGGUGGUGAAAUCCCAAGCCCUGCAAGUUCAUUUCGGUCACAAUCGAUAGGAAGAAGAUUCGCGGAACGCGUCAGUUUCCGUGUUCCCCAAGAGAGGCACUAGUAAAGUGUGGACUCUAUAUAACUAGAGAAUAGAGACUAGUAAAAAUUAUAGUGCGGUUCCAAGUAUUUUUUUGGCUGAACAUUCACAUUAACCUCACAGGAACGCAGAAGACAAAAACCAUACGAACGCUGGUAGUAAUAUGAGUAAUGCUAUUAACCAAAAUGGUACAGGUCUAGAGCAGCAGUUUGCUGGUCUGGACUUGCAGCAGCAGCAACAGUGCGAGCAAGAUUCGGGUAAUUUGAAAUCUACCGCUACGCGUUACGUUCCACCUCAGCUUAGAAGUGGCCGAGGAGGUGGUGGUGGCGGUGGUGGCGGUCCUGAGAACGAUAAUCAAUCCGGCCGUGGAGGUUACGACCGCGGCGGCCGUGGUGGCGACGAUUAUUCCGGCGGAAGAGAUUCGUCCUCGAGAUACGGUGACCGUGAUCGUGGGGAUUAUUACGGUAACAGGGGUGGAGACUUCAACCGUAAUCGUGGUGGCGGUGGACGCUACCAAAACGAUCGAAGAGAUAACUACAACCGUGGUGGCGGUGGCGGUUACAAUCGUGGACCUCCACCAGAACAUGCUCCAGAGCAAGAUCUACAGAAACCGCAGGAUGAAUACCAGCAAAACGGCGCCGAGCCUCUCGUCGACGAACCAUUUGUCGAUAAUGUUGAGCAACCAAGAGGUGGUGGUAACUGGAAUAACGCUCCUCGCGGUGGUCGCGGAGGAGAUUUCCGUGAUCGGCCAAUGGAUAGUCGUCCGCCGCAGAACGACAGAUGGCAAGAACCGUCGUCGAACGGAGCGGACAAUAGAGGCGGAUACGGUGGAGGUGGCUACGGAGGUAACCGCGGAGGCAGAGACGAUCGCGGACCGGGUAUGGGUGGACGCUGGAACGACCGCGCCAGAGGAGACGUCGACUAUACGCAGCUUACCGACCGUGAUGAGCGUUUGGAAGGUGAGCUCUUCCAACACGGUAACACCGGUAUCAAUUUCAGCAAGUACGAAGAUAUUCCCGUGGAGGCGACGGGUGAUACCGUGCCACAGCACAUCAACACCUUCGAUGACAUUGAGCUGACAGAGAUCAUCGAUAAUAAUAUAAAACUAGCGCGCUACGAUGUACCAACACCGGUCCAAAAGUACGCCAUCCCUAUUAUUAUGUCUGGGCGUGAUCUGAUGGCUUGUGCCCAGACUGGAUCCGGCAAGACAGCCGCUUUCCUGGUUCCCAUUCUGAAUCAAAUGUACAAGCAUGGGGUUGCCCCUCCACCGCAAAAUCGUCCAUUCAAUCGUCGCAAGCAGUAUCCACUUGGUUUGGUGUUGGCUCCAACUCGUGAGCUAGCCACGCAAAUCUUCGAAGAAUCUAAGAAAUUCUGCUAUCGCUCGCGCAUGCGUCCUGCCGUCCUGUACGGUGGUAACAAUACUCAGGAGCAAAUGCGUGAACUUGAUCGUGGCUGUCAUCUGAUUGUCGCUACUCCGGGACGUCUGGAAGAUAUGAUUAUGCGUGGUAAAGUUGGACUCGACAAUAUUCGCUUCCUCGUUCUUGACGAGGCCGAUCGUAUGCUGGACAUGGGAUUCGAGCCGCAAAUUCGUCGUAUCGUUGAAGAUAGCAAGAUGCCACCGACCGGAGAGCGCCAAACACUGAUGUUCUCCGCUACGUUCCCGAAAGCGAUCCAAGAGCUAGCUAGUGAUUUCCUUCACAAUUACAUCUUUUUGGCCGUCGGUCGUGUCGGAUCCACUUCGGUCAACAUCACUCAGUCGAUCUUCUGGGUAGAUGAAACCGACAAGCGCUCCCAUUUGCUGGACUUACUUUCGAACAUCAAGGCACAGAAUGAUGGCGAAGAAAAAGACUGUCUAACGCUAAUCUUUGUGGAAACCAAGAAAUCCGCCGAUUCGUUGGAAGAAUUCCUGUUCAACUACAACCACCCGGUCACCAGCAUCCAUGGUGAUCGUACGCAGAAGGAACGCGAGGAUGCACUCAAGUGCUUCCGUUCUGGACGUUGCCCUGUUUUGGUUGCAACUGCCGUAGCAGCUCGUGGUUUAGAUAUUCCGAACGUCAAACAUGUCAUCAAUUUCGAUUUGCCAGCAGAAAUCGAAGAGUAUGUCCACCGUAUCGGUCGUACCGGCCGUAUGGGUAAUCUAGGUAUCGCGACAAGCUUCUUCAACGACAAGAACCGCAACGUGGCCACCGGACUAGUUCGGCUACUGGUGGAAACAUCGCAGGAGGUUCCAGGAUUCCUGGAAGAUAUGACCAAUGACCGCUCGUGGGGUGGCCGCGGCCGUGGAGGUGGUCGCAACCAACGCUAUGGUGGAACGACCUCUUCCUUCGGCUCCAGGGAUUACCGUCAGCAGAACCAAAACCGUGGCAAUACUCGUGAUCAACGCGGUGGCGGCGGAGGCAGCGGUGCUGGUGGUCGCGGCGGUGGUUAUGGCGGCGGUGGCGGAAGUGGUGGAUACGGUCGCGAUGAAGGAACCUACUAUCGCAACGGCGGUGGUGGUGGUGGCGGCGGCGGCGGCGGCGGUGGCGGUGGUGGUGGCAGCUAUGGCGGAAGCUACAGCACCGGCGGUGGCGCUAGCGAUUGGUGGAACGAGUAAGGUAACAAUUUCCGCGUCGGAGAACCGGGAAUUACAUUUCCAACUUGCUAAUGGAAAAACAAAACAAAAAAAAUACGAAUUCACAAACACAACAUCUUUAAACAUACAUAGUACACUGCAGAUAUGAAUGAACCCACUCUAAAUUAACGUUACAAGCCAACAAAAGAAGAAAAUAAGGAAUGGUUUACUUCAGAGCAAAAGAGAAGAGAAAGUUUCAUCCCGACAGCCAACUACGGUCCUGAAUUUCGUUUUACUCUUUUCAAGCGCGGACUAAAAGGAACAGCAGAUAUACAAAGAAAGGCACAGGCCCUCCACAUUUUCGAAAGGGCGUAUAAAGUUAGGAAAACAUAUUAUUUAUAUUGAUCUUAUUAACCAACACACAUCUGAACACGAUUUUAAACACCUUACAACAACAGGCUCGCUUAGAUACAUACAGAUCGCAACAUGGAUAGCAAACAGCAAAUCUAUAGAGCAUUCUUUAAUACACAUACUUGCAAAUAUAUCCAGCAGCAAAUACAAAAUCCCAAGGUCAAAUGAAAAGUUACAUUUUGGAGAAAAAAAAACAUCAAUUUAAAAUAAUAAAAAAAAAAGCUAAAUAGGGGUUACCUUCGCGGAAAUUCUGCCGAUCGCUUCUUCCAAACCGUUGAUUCUACUCCGGACGGGUUAACACGAACUCCGAGAACUGUGAAGAAAAAAUGGGGCGCACGCGGUGAUACAAACACACACAAAGUACUAUUAAAAACGAAAAGAAGUGAUAUAGUGCAGAACAGAAAGGACUGUCUGAAAACAUCAGAAUUAGGAAGUAUAAAAAAAAAUUGGUAGAAUUGGCUAGCCAUCAAUUCGAAGCAGAACAUGAAGACAGAAAA